AUGUGUGGUUGUUUUUACCCCUCCUCUCCUCCCUCCUUAUCUCGGUCUACGUAUCCUGCUCUUUCCCUUUUCUUCCCUGCCCCUCCCAUUCGCCUCAUUCACCCCAUUCCUCCCACUCAUCCCACUCUUCCCACUCGCGCUUCUCCGCCCGGUCCGCGCGCGUCCACCAUCGCGUGUCAGCGGGACGCCUUGGAGUCCUCCGGGGCGGUGCGGCCAGUGCGCUUCUACCUCUCGCCUUCUCGAAACGCGCUCCACUGCACGUGGUGCUUCAGCCAGGUGAUGGUGGGGCAUCCGCAAGUCGUGCAUGGCGGCGCCACUGCAUUCGCGUUUGACGAGACCUUUGGCGUGCUCUUCGCCAUGCUGGGCGUGGGCCAUGGCUUCACUGCCAACAUCAGUGUUAACUACCGCAAGCCUCUACCAGCGGCUUUCACUGCAUGCAUGCAUGUGGCUCUAGAUCGAGUGGAGGGAAGGAAG